AUGCAAGCUGGUGGGGAGUCCAAACGUAUCUUUGAGGAGGGUGGCGACGGGAAGAAGGGGUUGAACUUUGAGGGUGUAUCCAUGCGCAUUGCCUCACAGUCUACAAAGCUUUUGCCAGGUCCUCGGUGGCUCAACAGCAUGUGGAAAAAGAUCAAGAUGUUGUACCUGCAUGUUCACUACAUAGAGAUGACCAGCGGUGCCAAGGGUGCCCAGCACAAGACCAAGAUUCUCAACACCUUCUUCACUGCAUGGCUGCCCAAAGACAAGUGUCAUCUGGCCCGGGUCAACAAUGACAGGAAUGAGGACGAGGAUGUGGAGCGGGAAGAGCUGUGCAUGCAUUUCAUGAAGGUGCACACUGAGACAGAGUGA